AUGCUUUUGUUUGCGGUGCUUGCUCUUGUGUCUGGAAGAGCAGAAGAAGUGGACAUGGCGUUCACUGACCCGGAUGGUAAGGCCAUCCCGGUGGAAAGCAUUCCAUCGUCCUCUGAUUUUGUCAUGGCGUUUAUGGCGUUUGGGAGGAAAUUCAGGCUUAGACUGAGUGACUCAUCUCUCAAGAUCGGAGGGGUGCUUAUGAGGCAGAACCUCUGCGACUUUUCAAUCGCAUGCCUAGGUGAGGAGAAAUGCUAUGGAUCGGCAUCCUUCUGCAACUCCAUUCAUGGAUUAUUUGUAUCUGCAGGGACUGUGUAUCAAAUUAGAUCAGCUGGGGCUGGAAAGGUCAGAAUCGAGGACUUGAGGCAUGCUCCCAUGGACACAGAGGAAGGCGGCGAAGGGCACGAUGAGGAGGGAAACGUCACAAGAGUCAUCAAAGUGUUUCUAAUCAAUGACUUCGACAGAGUCCAAGAGAUGGGGCCGGACAUCAACCUUGACACUGUGGAGAUAUUCAGGAACGCAAAGGAUGUGUUUGAGAAGAAUAAAUGGAACAUUCGUGGGAUAGAGCUGUCGCUGAAUGGCAUACUUAACGCCGUGGACAGACCAUUGGCCCACGAGCUUUUUAGUAAGCAGCAGGAGCUGGACAUGAUAAGGACCAAUACCUUUGAUCCAGAGUAUGUUGAGAAGGUUGACAGCAUUGAGAUGCUGAGGACUCUCAGCAGAAUGCUUGGGACAGUCCACGGAAAUGCAGGGGUGGAGAUGCUUCUGGAAAAGUCGAACUUGGUUCUUCUUCUUCAAACGUCCAGCAUAAAGAUAAACGGAUUGACGUUUGUUGGAGGAAUGGGCUCUGCAGCCAAGAGAUUUGGAAUCAUUAAGGUCUCGGAGCCGGACUCGUACUUCUACAAGGGAAAGGUGCUGGCGCACGAAAUAGCACAUGCUCUUGGAGCAGAGCACGAGGAGGGUGGAAGGUGCUUGAUGAGAGAGGAGGAGAGUCCGUUGGAGAAGGAGGAAAGCGCUGCUCUUAGCCACGAGAGUAUAGAGAAAAUAGAGAGCUUCAUCUCAAGAAACGAAUCCAAAUUUGGCGAGAUAGACACAUGUGGAAACGGUAUCAUGGAUGGCAAGAAGGAAUGUGAUGCAGGGCUUCCAAACGGUUCUGUCUGCUGCACCAGUAAAUGCAAACUGAGAGCCUGGGCACAGUGCGAUGACAGAAAUGGAAGAUGCUGUAAAGACUGUGGGCUGCUCCCAAAAAACACAGUGUGCAGGGGAAGGACCUCAAACAUUCACAAGAUGGAUUGCGAGAGAGAAAGCUACUGUGAUGGAAAGUCUCCCGCAUGUAGGGUAAGAUAUGUCUCCGAUGGUGCCAGAUCUGCCUCCGAAGGUAUCUGUAAAAAGGGAAUACUGCAGACCGAAGCCUUGAUGUGUGAAAGGGUUGGGAGAUUUUCUAGCCCAAAGUGCUUGUCUAGAGACGGAAGACUCUGGUGUCUUGACCAGUAUGAUGUAUGCCUCCCUGUCUUUACUUCUCUUUCCUCCCCGAUAAUGCUGCCUGACUUCUGGAACCAAAGAGACAGCAAUUCAGCAGCUACAAAGAAGGGACAUAUGAUCCUGCUGAUGGCUAUACCAAUUUGUUUAUUAGUUGUGUCCAGAUUCAUUGCAUCAGACAGAUAG